CGAGCCUUGUAUUAAAGUAUGGUAUGGAUUAGUCAAUCGAAAAUAGGUAACAUUGAAUUAUCUGAAGGCACUACCGCUCUCAAAGCGACCAGUUACUGAAGUAAAUCUUAAGAUCUUUGACAUGAGUUGCAGCCAUAUCGGCAUCGCAUUGUACGGCGUAGGAAGUAUAGGAUCCAUUCACAUACGGAAUGUGAUUGCGAACAGUCGCGCCAAACUUCUCUACGUUGUUGAGGAAGACGUGGCAAAAGCUGGCCAAUUCUUGCAAAAUUUAAAAGCAGAAGACGUUAAAGUUGUUAGUGCAUUCGAGACUGCAGUUGUACUUCAAGAUAACGACGUUCARGCCGUCAUGAUUUGCACGCCAACUCCAACUCAUGAGAAAUGCGUCAUGGACGCUUUGAAGGCCGGUAAAGCUGUGUUCUGCGAGAAACCGCUCUCAAACGACAGAGCAGCUAUAGCUCRGUGUUACGAGGAAGCUGUCAGAAAAAGACUGGCUUUACUGUGUUCCUUCAACCGUCGUUUUGACCCAGGACACAGCARGGUAAUWSAWGAAGCACGAAAUGGUAGCCUGGGUACCAUCCAUAGCAUCACCACUACAAGUCGUGAUGGUUGCAUACCACCAAUUUCAUACCUCAAAAUGUCAACUGGUAUUUUUCAUGAUUGUGCAAUUCAUGAYAUUGACAUGGUGCUGAAAAUUGCUGGUGAGCCACCAAGCACUGUGUAUGCACAUGGCCACGCCUUUCUUCCAGGUGUCGCAGAACUAAACGAUGUCGACUGUGUUAUGAUAAGCUUAAAAUUCCCAAGUGGUAUACCAAUCAAUCUUGAUCGUACAUCACCUUUUGGUUAUGACCAGCGGCUUGAGGUGCAUGGUGACAAAGCUAUGAUGAUUAGUGACAACCCAAGACCUACAGCUGUACAGGUUCAUGGUGGAGGAGGCGUUAACCUGAACAAAUGCCACAAUUCCUUCCCACAGCGCUAUGCUGAGUCCUACAAGGGUGCACUAAAUCAUUUUAUAGAUGCAAUCCAAGGGAAAGCCGAUAUUAUAGUGACUGCUGAGGAUACCAUAUUAGCAAGUAAAGUAGCUGAUGCAUGUGACCAUUCGUACAAAACACAACAAGUUGUCAACUUUUGCAAUUGAUAAUAAGGACUUAUUAGAGAAUUUUCUCAAUCUACAAUUGUUUAAACCUUAUUACCCCAUGUAGCUAACACAUUGCCAUGUACGUCGUUACUACCCAAUUCAAAUCCUGUUGGAAAAGAACUUUGUUUCUAAUUUGAAUUCAACUUCAUUCAACUGUGGAAUGAAAAUAAAUUGAACAAAGAAAACUUAAUUCUGGGUGGUUUGAAUUUAGUGGAAAUGUUUAUAGCAAUGCAUUAGCUGAUUAGAUCUAUUGCUACAGCAUUGUUUAUUAUCUAAAAUUGCCUCAGCAUAGAGAUAAAGUGGGGUGCAAUGAUGGAAACCUGAAUAGCCCAAAAUGGGAUGACACUUUAGAGUACAAACAUCAAAUGUGUGCAAUACUUUCCACUAUUUACUACAAAAUAGUGUUAAUUAAACAAUAGAAAACAAUAGAAUUAGCAUAAUUUAGCAGUAU